AUGGAGGAGGCCUCUGACCCUGAUGGCAGUGAUGACUCGGUGGUCAUUGAGUUUGUGUCUGUGACCUUCACCCUGGAGGAGUGGGCUUUACUGGAUCCUUUACAGAAGAAACUCUACAGAGAUGUGAUGCAGGAAACCUUCAGGAAUCUGGCCUCAAUUGAAAAACAUGAAAGAAAUCACAAUGGAGAGAAAACCUAUAAGUGUCAGGAAUGUGGGAAAGCCUUUACGUGGCUCAAAACCCUACGAAGACACAUGAGAAUGCACACUGGAGAUGCUCCUUAUAAAUGUAAAGAAUGUGAGAAACACUUCAAUUGUUCUAGUUCACUUCAAGUACAUGAAAGAACCCACACUGGAGAGAAACCGUAUGAAUGUGCAAAAUGCAGUAAAGCGUUCAGUUGUCCCAGUUCUCUUCAAAGACGUGAAAAAACUCAUACUGAGAAGAAACCCUAUGAAUGUAAGGAAUAUGGGAGAGCCUGCAGAUAUUAUACCUCCUUACAGAUGCACGAAAGGACUCACACAGGAGAGAAACCCUAUGAAUGUAAGCAACGCAGGAAAGCCUUCAUUUGUCACACAAACUUUCAAAGACACUUGAGAACGCACACUGGAGAGAAACCAUAUAAAUGUGCGGAAUGCGGGAAGGCCUUCUGUGAUCCCGGUACUUUCCAAAGGCAUGAAAGGACACACUAG